GACUGAACAGUUAAAGAGAAGAAGAGUUAAUUGCACCAAAGAGAAGCUUCAGAGAGGCAUCUUGAAAAUAAAGACAACCGAACUUGGCCUCAACAAUGAUAUCAAAGAUAUCAAAUGAUAUAAAUCUAACCUUGGGCAGAAGUUCCAGAAACCUGCAACUACACGAUCAACUGUACAUAACUCUUCAAGAAAAGGAACGUCUUCCCCUGUGGGAAAAUUAUUUUUAAAACGGAGUCUUGAGACCAGUCGUUCAAGGAGUCAUGCCGCUUUUACUACACUUCCUCUGAGAGUUGCUCAAAGGUCGAGUUAUAAUGCUUGAAAGGUUCAGUGUAAAAGGUUCAUAUCUAAUCCAUAUGAAAGUAGUGCGCUUACUUCAAGGUAAUUCUCAAUCUGGAACUUACAGAAGGGGGAUGACUCCGACUCCCGUUAAUCUUGCAGGGAAUAUCGCAAGUGUUAUUAUACCAAAGGCCCAGAAUUCUUUCUUGACAAGGGCAAACUCAGGAAAUCCCUAUCGAAACUUGAAAUUUAAGAAGACUCCUCAAUCUUCAAGGAGCUCCUCAGCAAAUGUGAAAGAAGAUAAGUUGAUAAGGGCCGAAGCCAGGAUCAAUUCCAUCAUAUUCAAGAGACAACAGAAAUAAAUUCUACAUUAAGUGUCUAGAAAUGAUGGGCGAUCCCGAAGGAAACUUCAGAGAUCUGAAGUUCCUCUCACUAAAACCUAGUCACGAUAGGAACUUUAAGCCUCAGGACGUGCUGAAAAUGGCUAAGAGAUACUGGACUUUGUUUGGAAUGGCAGAAACUAAACCUAAAUAUUUCCGAUCGGUUUCACAUUCUUCAUUUUUGAUUGUUAAAAACAUGAAGUCAAAGACAAAGGCUAAAAAUCCAAUGAUGAAAGAGUUCAUCUGGAUUGGGUAUCAAGCACUCGCAUCAUGAAGAUCCCAAGAGCACGUCCAUUUAGAAAAUAGCUGCAAGAACUUAUGUGACCUAUACUUCAAAUAAGCUCAUCCAGGUACAUCUGAACGGAUGGAAAAUUCCUGAAUUUUACAACUGUGGAGAAGCUAUGAAGAAGAACACUUCAAUGACAUUAAUUCACUUUUUGAAACUCAAUAUGAUCUUCCCUUUUUAUGAGAAGGUCAAAGAAGAGGAAACACAGGGGUAUAUCCAGAACGGAAUCCGGCUGUUUUUCUAUGAUUUUCAAGGAAAAUCAAAAAUAUUUGACCUCGAUGCGGAAGAAAUAAAGCCUCUAAAGCUUGAAUAUAAUCAGAUAAAGGCUAACCAUCUUCGGGAGGCCAAGAAGUUAGAACACCAACGGAGAAUCACUAAGCGAACUCUGAAGCAGAACUUUUCUGAAAUAAGGCUUCAAUAA